AUGUUAAGUAAAAAGUAUUCAUCUACUACGAUCAGUAGAAUCAUAUCAUUUAAUCAGAGUAGAUGUUUUUUUACACCAGAAAAUACACUAAAUAGUAAAAUAGUAAUUGAUGGAUAUGCAUCAUCGAUUCAUACAGAUUCAACUAGUAAUCAUCAGUUCAAUAUAAAAUCAUAUCAACAAAGAAAUGAAGCACAACAACAACAACAACAACAACAACAAAAGUAUAAUUAUUCAAGUGUUAGUGCAAAAAAGUUAAUAGAAGAGAUAAAGAAAAACAACGAAACAAAGAGUAAUAAUAAUAAUAAUAAUAUUGAUAAUAAUAAUAAUAAUAAUAAUAGAGGUGAAAAUUUUAAAAGACCAAGUAAUAGACAUAAAUCAGCUUAUGACUUUAUAACAGAUGCUAAUCAAAAACAAUAUUCACCCGAGAGAUUAGUUGAUAAAAUUCAUAGAUUUUUAGUAUCGAAAUUGGGUAGAAAAGAAUGUUUGGACGAUGUAGAUAGUCUGUUGGAAUGGUAUUGUAAGCUGUCACCCGAUAUUAUUGAUCGUGUCCGAUUGAAUCUGUUCAUUCAGUACUACUCUGGUUUGGAGGAGUCGGUCGAUACUCAUCACAAGGUGAUGCGUGUAUUCGAUCUGUUUAGACGAUUCAAUAUAGAGAUGUCGGUGAAGACCUAUCAGUAUAUGUUUGUUUACUACUGUCGACGUGAUCGACCAGACGAGCGAAAGCUACUCUGCAAGCUGAUCAACGACAUGCAGUUCAACCAUGCCGAGUCGAUCGAACGUAUGAUUCUCUACGAUGGGCGUAACGAUGAUUUGCUCUCCUCGUACAUCUGGGCGUAUACAACGAUUGGACAACUCGAUUCUGCAACACGACUGUUCGAUCUGGUCGACCAGUCUCGCAAGAUUCGCAACCUGGCACCACUUGCACUCCAAUCGUUGUUUCUUCACUCUCUCACCCACGACUUUCAACGUGCAAUCUCCAUCAUGAGAACUUACUGUCACAAUAGAGACACUGCAUUCUGGUUUCUACAAAAGAUAACACCAAUAGUUUUCAACAACAUAGAUCAACAACAACAACAAGUUGAACAACAGCAACAACAACAACAAGAAUCAUUCAAUAGAAUAGUUGAUAUGGUAUUACAAUGGAAUGAUGAAGGUGUUGCAAAUCAUUUUAAUUUCAUUGAAUUUAUCAAAACCUAUUCACAGUAUGACGAUUCGAUAUCGCUGCGGUGUUAUACACAGUGGACUUCUAAUUUACAGCAAUUCCCUGUCGGUCAACUAUUGAUGUAUAUCUACAGGAGCAGCGAGAAGAGCAAGGAUCGGAUCAGUCCAGAAUUGUUAAAGCAUACUUCUCAGUUGCUAAAGAUGAUAGUCGAUCAAAAGGUACAAUUGCCAAUCGAAUCUUCACAGGCGUUGCUAGAGAUACUGGUUUCGUCGAUCGAUGUCAAUACAGCAGCACUCCAGCAGCACUCUGACCAAUUCGAUGUACAAAGAGAUCUAGAGUUGUUCUUGCAGCAUCUGGCAUUCGGUGUCGCCAAUAACCAUUGCUACGACAUUGCCAGUCUGGUUGUGUACAACUCGUUCGCAGCGGACAAGCGGAUGCUCACGACACUCGUCGAUUUCCUGCGUACUCAGUCACCACUCCACACCGACAAAAUCUCAGAUCAAGUGAUUCAGGUGUUCUUACAUUUCGGACAGUAUCAACACGCUCUCGACUGGAUGGUACGUCGUACUUCGCAGCUGCAUUUGCCACGUCACCUGCUUUCCACCGCCAACUUUGAGAUCUACCAUCAUCUACGCAUAGAGAGCGUAAAAGAACGGAUUGCCAAGGCUGAACAAGACAUAAAAAACCUUGGCACUACUACUACUAUCGAAAGUAACAAUAACAAUUUUAAUCAACAUCAACAGUACCAUUUGAGUUUGUGUGAAGAUUUGAAAAUGGAGGAACGACUUCUUCAAUUUUGGCGCGCAUUCAACACCAGUUCCAAGAAGACUAUGGAUAGAAUGAUACAGAACUUUGUCUCGCAGAGAAAAUCAUCGAGAGGACAACAUAUACAUAACAAACUGCACGGCACUCCUAUGCCAAUGCCCAACAAUCGAUCGGAUCACUUUCCUUUCAAACAACUGAUAAACAUCGCAGUCACAAGAGACGAUGCAUUACGACUCCAAUCGAUACUAUCGGAGCUUCACAGAGAGUGCGAACAAACAAACAUCAACAAUAACAUUGGUGCGCUACUCUUGAAUUCACAUAUUGUUUUGUCUCAGAUUCUCGAUCCUCUGGAGUACAUUCGUUAUCGUUCUUCUCUCAGCAAAGACACCAGAAUCCUUACAUUCCAUCCACUUCCCUAUAAGAACUCGUUGAUUAUCAACUUGGAUAGUACAUUCGAUAUCAUGAGAGAAGAGCAAUUUCUAUUGCUGACGAGUUCACACACCAUUUGGAAUGCAAUUGUAGUGUCACUCCUGGAAAAUGGGUAUCUGGAAGACGGACUGGCUGUCGCCGAGACCAUGUUGGAUCGAUUCGUUCAGCUGAAUAUGCGUACCGUCGAUACCAUUGCCUGUAAGAUGUUGGAACUCAACAGAGUGAACGAUCCUCUACUUGCAAGACUGCCGUUCGCCGAGCGAAACGACGGACUCAGAAACUGCAAGCUGAAGAGUCUGAUCGACGCCAACCAACUCGAUGAAGCCGAGAGACUUCUCAGCACGCUAAACUUCAACCAAACGCAGACUGUCAGACUCGCCGCUUCGCUGCUAUUCUCUCGCUACCCAAUAGAAGAAGCCGCCCAGAAGCUGUUUGGCUACUCUUCGCAACUGUCGUAUCGUGGCCACUUCUACGUUGAAUUUUUCGAGGCACUGAUGACCAUGGAGGUCGGUCGCAAUGACAUUGCCAAACACUAUAUCGAGAAUGUCGACCCAUCGUUCUUUAGCAACCCUAGAAACCUGAAUAUGCGUCUAAUAGAUCUCAUGAUCAGAGCGGAACCCAAAAAGGAAGAGAAACUCGCCAUCUUCAAGCGACUUCAAGAGCAACUGAAAUCGGUGACUCAAAGUUUUUGGAAUCGUAUAGCAAAGAUCAAUUACACAGUCAAAGACACUGAGACAGGUCACCUACUAGGUCAAAUGUACAUCAACAAAGAAGAUCCAUCACAAAAUGACAACCUUACACCAACCCAACACCACCACACCACAACCAAACUUUCACAAACCAACUUGAAUUUCAUAAGAAAUUACUUUCAAAAAAAAUCAACUCAACAAUAA